AUGAGGUUCAUAGGUUCAUUGAUUCCGAAUUAAAUAUUAUUUAUGUUUCUAUAGCAACCUACACGGUGUAAAGCGAUACACGAUAUUUUUAACUUUUUUGUUAUCCUUUUUUGUUCUUAUUCGCUUUUGCUUGCUUCGAUACAAUGUCCGUCGUUGAAAUAAUCCAUCACGAUGAAGUCAUUUAUACAAUUUUGGACAAACCGCCACCAGAACCACCUAAAACUCCCAGAUACGAAUCAAAACUAGAAAAGGAAUUGAAAGAAGCAAAGAGGCCACAACUCCGUCGCACAUUUGGUUACGCGGAAACACCUCUAAAACCGCCAACUCAGUUCCUGAAAAAAGGUGAAGGAAUAGGUCAGCCUAUUAAAGAAACUGAUCAUAAGUGUUAUGUGUCUGGCAAUCUACCACCAGUGCCAAAACGUCCGCCUCCGGGAAAGAAACAGGAAAAGCCCACGACCAACUUCAGACUUAUUAAUAUUAAGAAAGCCACAAAGACAAAGGGGAAGCCUGUGGAACCAAGGCUUGUAGACACUAGAGAUGGCCAUAUAAAAAAGAUCAAAGGUUCUGGAGAGGUUCCCGAAUACUGUCUUAGACCAGACUUUGGUCAGAUGCCAGCUUACCUCACGAAGAGAAAUAGAAGGAUCCAGAAGGCUAUAGAAAAAAUGAAAUACGCUGAGGACAAUAAGGAAAGCUUGUGCAAGCUUAUCAGUGCUGAAGAUCGCCAAAAACUCCUAGACGAUCUGAAGCACAAUUGGUCGUUAAUGCAGAAGGCCUUCCUUCAACUGCCAAUGCUUACGGAUACAAUACCGAAAAUUCUCCGCAAGACAAAGUUGGAGGCGGAACUCAGGCAGCUAGAAAAAGAUAUAGCUUUGGUCGAAAGCAAUCCUUACAUCUACAUUUACGAAUAAAAUAGUUUGGGUCUUAAGACUCAGCAAUUCGUAAUGUGCGAAGAGGAAUAAGGUUUCGUGGAUGGUAGGGUGUAACUUUUAUCGGAUCCAUUUUAGAUUUUCAUAGUUACUUAUUUGUGUUACAACUUACAAGUGAGCAAAGUUUCAAACGGAGCAAAGUUUUUCCAUUUCGCACCUUUGAAUCCCUAAUGAUUCAUACCUACAUAGAAUCCUUUGCGUGCUCGGGAUCCCAUUCUUUCUCUUCCACACUCGGGACUCUAUAACUUUGCUCACUUUAACACAAAUAACUAUUUAUGGAUAAAAUAAUAAAUAUGGAAUCCUAUCAGGGGUUGACUAUUCUAUUUUAUCAUAAAGCAAUAUGAAAAGGUAGCUAUUUUAUAUCGAGUUUAAAUCAAACCUAUCUUAAUUAUCUUAGAUAUAUAGCUGAGUGGAGAUGCGUUGUCCUUACUUCUCUGCCUUACGGUACGUAAAUAGAUAACAUUAGGUAAUUUAUUAACUUUAUCUCGUUAACCUUAAUUAGGAAAUAAAUUCUCGUAGAUAAGGCGUGAAUGUAGGGAUCUAUGUCAUUAGAAUCUUGCGACUUUUUAAGGAUUGAACACUGUGAGUAUAAAAAUUGGCGCAAAAUGGUUUCGAAUCAAACUUUACCUUAAUACCUAUUAAUAAAUUGGUGUGAAUCA